AUGACCUCCAGGCCGCCCGUCCGUCUUGUAACAACAGCCGCCUGCUCCUCAGAGUGGCCUCAUCAACCAUUAUACUUCACACCAUCGCUUCCGAGCCGUUCCUGCACUGUUGCACUGCUUCACGGUGUAAUACCGGCCUAUGCCAACCUCAUUUCCCCUCCUCCGGACCAACGUCUUUCCCACCGGACGAACCUCCCGCCUCGCACAAACUUUGCCAACCCCGUCAUCCUAUUAUCCCAAGGCAAAAAGCACAAAACCAUAACCAGACAUUCCCCGCCAGUCCAACAAGCGCUGCAGGAAACGGCUCCCCCAAACCGACCCCCGACCCCUCCAACUCUAAAUCCUCCCCCCACCCCCUCGAAACUCUAUGACACGAAUCCCUGCAACCCAAUGCCCAUCACGAUCGGCACGCGCGACACUAGCGACCUAAAGCAGAAGGUUCGGCAUCAAAGCUCCCAGUUCCGCGCGCACGCACCGUCUUUCCCUUCUGAGCCAUAG